AUGAGCGAAGGUGUCAAUGAUGGGCUAACAUGGGGAAAAAAGGAAUGGGCAACCUCGCGGGAGGAGAUCUCUGAAAGACGGGAUGAAGUGGACGACUGGAACAGAACGAAGUGGAGAAGAGAAGAAACGGGCGGAUGGGGUCAGCUAGGGGGACGGCCCACGUUAUGGGUCGAGCGAGGUCCAGGAUGUGCCGACGUGGUGGCCAACCUCGACGGUGUUUCAACUGUACAGUUCCCUUCGGCACACUUAAUAGGGCUGUCGGCACCCGAGGAGCCCGUCCGCGCGGCGCUCUGUGCGCUUCAUCCGGUGCAGACUGCCGCACCGUCGACACCGCGACACACCACACCUCAAGCUCCUGAGGCCCGCUAUCGGCUUGGCGCCAUCUCGGACCCUGACGUGCCAAGCACUGGCGACUGGGCGGCGAGGCCGGGGCCAUCUGUCGAGCGCGACGGUGUCGGCUCUGGACAAUUGCAACCGACGGAGCAGCGUGCCCGGACGUUUCGGCAAACGCCCUCAUCGAUGUGCUGCGGGAUGGUCUGGGUGUCUUCCUUGUUCUGGACCACGGCUCCACAGGGCCGCCCCAGGUGGUACCUGCAGGCGCACAAGGACAUGGCCGAGCCGCAGGUCGCGGACAGAAUGGUCUGA